AUGGAAGGCCCGCUAGGCUUCACGGUGGUACUUGUUGGACUGUUGCUGUUGAUGUCUGCAUGGCACGCAGAUUCAAAGGAUGACGGAAAGCUGCUGUGUUCAUGCAUGAAUGAAAAAGGCACAUGUGUCAACGAUACGUGCAGGGGGGACAUCUGCUUCUAUACAUGGGUCCAGGGCCAUGAGGAGAAGGGUUGCUUCUCUAACCAAAACUACAUGGAGCAGUGCUUCACCUCCUUUGGACGCUUCCAUGUCUUCUGCUGCAAAGAGAACAAAUGCAAUGCAUUUGCAACGCCACCCCCAAACAUUGAUGGCGAGACAACCACAGUAGUGCCACAACAGCUUCGUCCAGAGUUGUGGAUCACUGCGGCUCUACUGUUCUUAUUCAUCGUGGCUAGUUUGUGCGGCCUGCUGAUCUUCGUACGCUUCCGGCGGGCACAUUUCCGUCUAAAAAAUGUAGAUGACCAUGAUGCUACCAUGCUCAAAGUACCUGCUGGAGAAGACCCGACAUACGGCGGUAUAUUUGAUGAGUUCUGUACAUCAGGGAGUGGGACUGGGCUUCCCUAUCUGGUCCAAAGAACUAUGGCCAGGCAAAUUUCGCUGGUCGAAUGCGUUGGUAAAGGCAGGUAUGGGGAGGUAUGGAGGGGAACCUGGAUGGGGGAGAGUGUAGCAGUCAAGAUCUUCUCCUCCAGAGAUGAGCAGUCCUGGUUCAGAGAGACUGAGAUCUACAACACCGUGCAGCUUCGCCAUGACAACGUGCUAGGUUUCAUAGCCUCUGAUAUGACAUCCAAGAAUUCCAGCACCCAGCUGUGGCUCGUCACCCAUUUUCACGAGCUCGGAUCACUCUAUGACUUCCUGCAGUACAGCAGCUUUGAGCCAGAGAGCUGCUUGAAGAUGUGCCUGUCAGUUGCUUGUGGUCUGGUCCACCUCCACACUGAAAUCGUCAGUUCCCAGGGCAAACCCGCCAUCGCCCACCGAGAUUUGAAAAGUAGAAACAUCCUUGUGAAGAGAAAUGGGCAGUGUUGCAUCGCCGACCUUGGUCUGGCUGUGAUUCACUCUCAGACCAAUGAUUAUCUGGAUGUUGGCCACAACCCUCGUGUAGGGACUAAACGCUACAUGGCGCCUGAGGUGCUGGAUGAGAGCAUAAGGAUAGAUGUCUUUGAGUCCUAUAAGCAAACGGACAUCUGGGCCUUGGGCUUGGUCUUCUGGGAAAUUUCACGCAGAACAAUUGUCAAUGGGAUAGUGGAAGAGUAUCGUCCUCCCUUCUUUGACCUGGUGCCUUCCGAUCCCAGUUUUGAAGAGAUGAAGAAAGUGGUCUGUGUAGACCAGCAGAAGCCCAGCUCGCACAACAGGCUGCACUCCCACCCGAUAAUGUCAUACAUUGUGAAGAUCAUGAAGGAGUGUUGGUUCCAGAACCCGCCAGCCCGCCUCACAGCUCUGCGUGUGAAGAAGACCCUCUCCAAACUGGACCAUGACAGUGACUUCAGCGUCAAGAAACUCAAACAGGAUAUCUAG